AUGACCACAGCCUCCACUCCUCGCGCCGGAGGAGUCGUUCCCCGCAAUGAUGGAACCAACAACGAUGGCCAGGGUCCAAAUAAAGCGCCCGCAACGGGUGCGCAAGCUGCUGGUAUGAGGGUAAUUGCGGCGCGCGUUGUGGCAUUCUAUUUUCGAGCGCCAGUAAAGGCCUUUUUCAGAGGCCGCAUUGACUACAUGGGCUAUGCGCGAGCCAUCAAUCCGCAUUUUCAAGAGACGGCCAAAUGGACAUGGCGGAUGACUACUCCAGCAGUGCUUUGGCAUGCAAUACGGACAGAAGGAUGGAGCUUCAUACCGAAUCAAGUCAUGCCUCCCUUGAUCGCAAAUACCUUCAUUGGUGCGGUUCUGUACACAACCUACCUCCACAGCCUAUCGAGCCUACAUACACCGUCUUCAUACCAAACAAAGCGAACAUAUCCCCCGCCCUCAUUUCAGACCACCUUCACCGCUGGCUUGAUCGCUGGCGGUGUUCAGUCCACCCUCGCAGCACCCUUUGACGCCCUUCAAGUCCGCUUCCGAACCUCGGACAUUCUUGAAGGCAAAUAUAAGACAAUGUGGCACUAUUCUUGGCACAAGCUGCAAUCUAUUGGAAUACGCGGCAUCUUCGGCGGUUUUGGUCUCAGUUUGAUCAAGGACUCCGUCGGCGCAGCCUUCUUCUUCGGCACUUUUGAGACGGUCAAGAGCCAGGCCUACUAUGCCUACAUAACCCACUACUACGGCAGCCGCACACGAGAGGCCCUUCUAGAAUCUCGAGCCCUUUACAUUGACGAAAAUGACGGCCGCCCAGUCAUUAAACCCCAUUAUGCACUCGAACCCAGUUUCCUCCUUCUAGCAGGCAUCUCCGCAUCCUUGACCUCGCAGGUCAUUCAGCAUCCACUGUCAGAACUUCAAGACGUGCACUAUCGUCGCCUGGAAGCGCUUGACUUCCAAGCCCACCAAGAGUCGAAGCCUUCAGGAAUCAUGAGACGGUAUUACCACGCGUACGAAGAGACAUUCAGACAGUGCAAGAAGCUAUCAGAGAUGCAUGGAGGCUGGCGGCGGUACCUCUAUCGAGGCUUCUGGAUGAGCACGAUCAAGCAGAUGCCGAGUACAAGCGCAGGGCUGAUCGUGUUUGAGCUUGUACGGAGGAAAUAUGCGUUCGAUACCGAAGAGGUCAUAAUAAGUCACGAAGGGGCGCAUAUCCUCUUGACGUAA